AAACAAAAUUUCCGACACGAAAAAGCUGUUUUCACGUUUAUUUGAAAAUGUUUUUCCUGUGUAAAUCGCCUAUUUUGUUGUGAGAAUAAUUGUUUUUGUGAUGCAAAAUGCCGAAUCGAGGUGAAGAACUCAUUAAGUUGGCAACUGAUUGGCUGGAAGAUGUGGAUUCAGGUGGAUGUGCAAAAAACAAACUGAAAGCGUUGAAAUCUUCCGUCGAGAAACUCCAACAUACAGACCGAAAUGUGCAAAUCCUCAUGGAAUUCCUGACCAAGAACCUUCCUGAUCACAAGGGGGCUGCUCAAGCUUUCACAGAGCUUGCUAUUUGGUUGGUUAGGCGUGUUAAGAGAGCUUAUUGGGUUCUCGUUUCCCUCUGGAACUUCAUAACGGCUCUCUAUAAAUUCAUGGACUUAUGGGAGUACAUGGUGGCUUUGGUCCCAGUGUUAACCGUCGAAGAGAAAUCUCUUCAGAAGAAGGAUGAGAAGAUUUAUCUGAAUCUCACGACAUACUUGGCCACUGCGUAUCUCCAGCUUCAUCAAAAUGGGUAUUCCAACAAAGUUUAUCUCGAGGGUCUACUGAGGAAUUUCUCCACGCUCCUAAAACUCUCUGCUACACCCAAAAACUAUAAGACUUUUGUGGAGCACUUGCAGAAAAUUUUUGAUAAGAAAUAUCGCUACGGUCAACGCCUCAUUGAAACGGAUAAGUCUCUUGGGAGUGUCUUUCUUUCCAACAUCCUGGACGUAUUGGAAUCACUUCCUGAACAGUUCAUGGAAAACCGGGAUUCGGUGAGUGAAAUUUUCCUCACCUACACCGACCUCCUGGAGACCUUCAUGGCAUUUGAGCUGAAGAACAACAACCCAGAACUCAGCAUGAGCACGAGAUUUACAAAUAUUUGGAAGAAAAGCAAUAUUUUCACUGAAAUUGAGAAGAAAUGCAUCGAAGUAUUGCAUAUACUUUGCGUAAUCUUUGCCAAAAAGAAGCUCAAGGAAUCGGAGAAGUUGUGUGAGGUAUUUCAAAAGAAGAUUGAAGAUCUACGUGGAAGUCUUGAUGAGACUUCUGUUGUGGAUACGUUUGCCACAAUUGCCCUAAUCAUGGAUAAACUGGGGCUCAAGCUCGGAGAGGAUCUCACUAUGAAUGGAUGUCUUUCAAUAAUACGCUCAAUUAGCACACAAAUUACCGUUCAGACCAACAAUCGGAAGAAUUUCUGCAGAUUCUGUAGCAAUUCUGAUUCAAAGAAGCACUGCAUUGCCACAUUGAUUUCAGUUGCACUGAAUUUAUUCGGGAGUGCCACGAAGAAGUCCCAAGAGGUGCCUGGACUUACAUUUGAAGCUAUUCUUAGCUAUAUAAAGCACAAUUUCUACAUUAUGGGACGCUUCAAGUGUUCACAGAAGGAGACUCUAAUGGUGGAUUUUUCGCGAAGAAUAUUCAAUGUUUUCCUCUACAUUAAACAAGCGGAUGUUCAAAUGUAUGUGCUGAAGACAAUGCAACUCCUUCUGGAAAAUAUUACGAAGUACAACAUUGAUUCGGGAAAACGUCAUCACAUCCUCAAGUUUAUGCUGCGAUUCUAUUUGGAAGUUCAGAAGGAUAUGCAACAGGCUCUAAAUGUUGGUGUUCUCAGUCUUUUGCUGCUCAUUGAGAAAGAUAAUUUGUCAACAGAAAAAAUUGCAGGAGAAAUUCAGAAGAAUCUUCACUACAUCCUGUUUGGAUUUCGUGACAUUCGACCGACGAAUCUUGUUGAUGUGAUUGAGGAUGAAUCGUUCUCUUGGUACGGAACAAAAGUGAAAUACGAUGCUUGCAAGCUACUAAUGGCUCAAAUAGCUUCAUAUGAGACACUUGCAUCGAAACCUCUUCAUCUGUGUGCAAUGAAAAAACUCUGCAAUAUUACUCAGGAUCCAAGGAUACUCACCACUGCUUUCAUGCAUAUCCCUGAGCGACUGUAUGCAAACUUCAAGAAGGAUCUGAAAAAUCUCCUCGACUUGGUACCGGCUCAGGAAGACUAUGCAGACAAGAAUCUUCAUAUGGCUUUUCUGCAUUAUGCGAAAUUCUCUUGGAAGUUCCAGGCGCUCCAAGUGACUUUCUCCGAGGAAACGCUCACUGAGGUGAUGCUGAAUAAUCAGGAAUGGAAGAUAUUGGAAAAAAUCAACAUUCAGGAUGAAAUCCAGAAUGUGCUCGACAUCCAGAAAUCGGUGAAGUACUUCAAAAAAUUCACCAAUAACUCCCCAUGGGAGCACAAGCAAAUCCACCAUGUGCUAAGGAUAAUGAAGAAUAUGGCUUGCGAUGCUAAGUUGUAUGGUGCUGUAAGAGAAGCUGUCGCGAUGUAUGAUUUGAUUUAUCAAAUCUCACACAAAAUCAAUCAUUCGGAAUCCAUCUUGACGUCCCUCUCGAAUGUCCUCUUCUACUGGAAAAUUUAUGAGGAUAUAAAAUCCAGUGAAACCAUUCUAUGUGAAAUGGUUAAAGCAAAUGCAAAAUUAAUUGCGGGAGAGGUACGCAAUCUCGGUGGGAGCGAGACGAAGCAACAGGCACUUGUCAUCAGUUACCUUCUAAAUUAUGCACUAUUUUGCGCAGCAAAGGGAGCUAUUGCAUCAUCUUGCCACUAUCUCAGGGCAGUUCAUGUAAAAAUUCACAGCCUUGAGAGUCUCAGGAAUCUAGAAAUGCUACUGAUCUCCGUUAAAUAUUUGAUUACAAUCAAGUUCAGUGAGAAGUGUCGCAUGUCUCAUGCUAAAUUUAUGCAGCAAAUCACAAACUACAUCAAAUCAGGCAUAAAGUUCACCAAAGAUAUUGCUUACCUCAUGCCAUUGGAAAUUAUUCGGCAACUCGCAGAAUACAGUGUUGUGAGAUUCGACACUACGGGUGUUAAUUCGUACGCUCUGAUGAUCCUCAAGUUCUUCCUCAAGACUGGAAUGGUGCUGCAAGUGACGGAGCUUCUGCUCAUUACGGCAAAGAUUGAUUUGGCGCAGGAGAAAGUGGAGAAUUGCAAGUCAAAGUUGUUCUACUUUAUUAAAAUUCUUCACUUGGAUGAGCUUCCGAAUGGUUCUUGGAUAAAUUCUUGGCAGAAGACUGAUGUGCCUGCAUCAAAUGCUAUCAUUCCAACUCAAUGGCAAGCUGUAGAGUCGGCCCGUGAAAUGUUCCUGAAACACCCAUCCAAGUGCCAAUGUCUUCUAUGUCUGCAAUCAAAAUUAACUGAAGUUUCCCAGCAAAUGAUUCUUUUUUUCAUUUGGAUACUCUUCAUUGAGAAGCAAUAUGAAAGGUCCAUUUGCAUCUCUCGACACCUCAAAAUGGACAAACACCUUCAGCCGUAUGAAGUGAAAUCAAGGGGAUUGCUCGCAAAUGCGCUAGUGAAGCUGGGAAAGGAGGAGGAGAGUAUGAUGGAGUGCAAGAAAACAUUGGAAAUGUGUGACUUACUACGGAAUCAGAGAGCUGCUUGUCGCCAAGGUGUUGAGCUUCAAAUUGUUUCUUUGCAAUACACAAUGAAUAGGCAAGAAAACAUUGCACCCAUUGACGAAAACGAUGAUGCCACCGUGAAACAAGAGACACCAUCCAAAGGUUUUGAACGUAAUUCAGCUGUUACUUCGGCUGUGGAAUUCCAGAAUCGCCUUGAGAUUUGUUCAGAUGGAUCCGGGCAGUCAGAGGGCAAUGACCGUCUACCAAAUAAGGAUGUGAAAGUCUCAGGAAAGGUCAAUGGCACAACGGGAACUCGAAUACCGACUCGGAAGGGGCGUCAGACGAAGAAAAUAAAUGCCGAUGAGGAGGUGGUGGGUAAGACAAAGAAACCACCCGCAAAGAUGGAGAAAAAAUCAACUCGAAGCACGAAGAGGAUUUAGGAGUGGGUGCGUGCGUGCCACCAAAAAAAGGGGGGGGGGAAAGAAGAAACACUGGCUGUGAUGCCUCGUCUCUUUCUACGCUAAAUUUAGCCAAAAUCUUAUAAAAUUUUUAUUUCACACCUUCAUAAUUUACAAUAUUAUCCAAAUAGAUUAAUUUCCUUCUUAUAUAAUUUAUAAAUUAACAAUUACAAAUUCUUCAUUUAAGUAAAUACUUAAUACUUUCAACAAUCUUUAA